AUGUUCCGCCGUCUAGCCUCACUUAGUCACCAAGACCCCAACGAAACUUCACACGAGCACAUGUCACCGCAACAAGGAGAUGGUCCAUCAUCCCCAGAUACGUCCCGUCAGGGUGGCCUUGCCCAUGUUCUGCGGGGUCUAACAAGUUCCAAGCUCUCCAAGUCGUCGCCGUCUAUAGCAUCACCUUCAUCCACAACCACCUUGCCGAUUGCCGAGUUCGUUCAUGCUCAUCCUCCGGCCAUUUCUGCGAACCCACCCCACGGACUGUCUGUCAGUCAUAUGGAAUCCUUCGAACUGCUCAAGAACGGUUCUCCAAAUGAACGCAUCACUGCCGCCAAUUCACUGAAAUACGCAAUCGCUGAGUAUCCUCUAAAUCCUGUUCUGGAUAUUUGGUAUGCCGCAAAGGACCUGAUCGAUCCUGCAAAGCCCGCAGCAACACGUACUGCCGGUUGGGAGCUCUUGACCGAGUGCGUGAAACAUGAGGAUUCUUCAGAUCUCGAGCGCCAGGAGUACUUCACGACACUGUCAGCACCUGCAAAUUCCGAAGAUUUUCAUCUGCAAUUGGCUGCUCUUGUGGACCUCACUCGACGGGGUCGUGUUCUGACGGGCUUCGACUACGAACUCAUACCCUUGCUAACCAAGUGGCUUUGGGAAUCCUACAAUUCGGUACGCAUGGCCAGGAGGAAAGCGUCCAAGACUUCAAAAGGCCCCUCUCGAAAUCGCUCUGUGGCUCCAGGCGAAGAAAAGAAUCUUGCUCAGUUAUUCAGUUUUCUUGUCGACGUCAUCAAAUUCAGCUUCAACAAUGCAGACGCAUCUGCCGUAUCAGGAUUGAUUGAUCGGUUGCUAGCAAUCUGCAUGAGCACCAGCGUGGAAGAAGACCUCCGGUCAAGUAUUGCGGUUAUUGAUGCCACUGUGACGUUUGGUUCCAUCCCAGAAGACAAGCUGAGAGGUUGUGUGCAAGUGCUCGGGUCUAUAUAUUGCAUGGUGGGCAGCCUUCAAAAGGAUGCAUGGAACACACUUUCAAAUUUGUUCAAGAGUCACAACGGCCAGGCCACCGUUCGCAUUCUUUUGGAUAUCUUGCGAAAUAGUCCAGCAGAUGGGGCCAAGGAGAAAGACGUCAACAGGGAAAUACGCGGAGCUCUGGCUGUACUGCAGAAACUCCUUUCCAAAAGCCCCGAGAAUGGAUACCCAAGCAUCCCUUUCGCGUUGCUGGCCGAUGGGCUUGCCAUCAUUGCAAGAACUGGGUCUUCUAUCAAAACUCUGACUUCCAUCCUCCAACUCCUCAACUCUCUAUUUAACGACGGGGAAGGAAACAUACAUCGCUUGAUAAUCGACGAGGACUGGUCAGUAAUACUCGAGGCUGCCGCAACUUGCUCCAAGCGAGCCAUCCCUGGGCUCCAUGAGUCUGAUGGCCUUCGUAGCCCUGUCAGAGACGACAAACCUGAAGGGGCCCUGGACCGAGAACUCAGUAUUCUUAUCCAGCGACUCGACGUUCUUAUCAACCAGAAAUCCGAUGUAUUCGUACCGCGGGGGAUCGUAGUUUCUUUCCUGACCGAGGUCCACCAAUUCCUCCCCGACGAAACGGCCUCGUCAGUUCUCAACUACUUCCAACUGUUCAGAUGCUGCUCUCCCUCAGACCUUCAAUGGGAGGAGAAUCUGACUCUAGUUCUCAAGGGUUUCUUCGGCAAUAGAGACCGGUCAUCUCAGAUUCGACUUCGGGCAUUGGAAACAAUAAUGGACGCUUAUGAAGUCGUGGAUCUAGUGGGUGAUGAUCCUGACGAGAGCUUCAUUCCUCAGCUGGCAAAAAGCAUUCUUCAAGAUGUUGCCGAGGAAACUGAUGUUAUAGUUCUGGAAGGCAUCAUGUCGCUCAUGGUUUCGGUUGUGGUAUCCUGUGACAUGGAGCUAUUCGAUUAUAUUGUUGAUGCCUUAAGGGGCAUUGUGAUUGGUGACCGACUGAAGUCGCCAAUCUCAUCAUCGGCAUCUCCAAACCUGUUCGCUCAUGCCAUCUCCGAUGACAAUCUGCCACUGGAGCAAUCCCCUUCAAACGUGGUGGCGAAAGGCUAUGUCAAGAUGUUUGUCCAGACUAUGGAUUUCGACACCGAAAAGUCUCUAAGACUAUACCAUGCGUUAAUCAAUAUCGUGAAAUCAAGUCAUUGCGAGGUCGAUGCGCGGUUAACUGCCAUGAAGCUUCUGUUUAGGCUACGUGCUGACUGGGCCAAUCGCAUAUUCAUCACAAAAACCCUCGAGACCAAUUUUGUCGCUCCUACGUUGUGUCGAACCCCCGAGACUCGCGCGAAGAAACAGGCUGAAGAGGCCGCACAGUCCAUACGCUUGCUGCGGAACGAGCAUGGCGGGUCAUCCAGAUCCGCUCGCGGUGUCUCGUUCAGUCAAGGGCAACAUGAAAGGGGUGUGCCAAUGCGAUCUGCUAGUGUCGCUGCCGGGAGUGGCUUGGUGGGAAGUGCCGGCAGUGCGGCUCGAUAUCACCAGCUGUGGAGUCUCCCAGACCCCGAAGCUCUGCCUGAAUCUGUCACAGGUGUCUUCAGCCCUGUUCUGGUCUCCCACCAACCCAAUGUGGAAGCUGAGCCAGAAGAGCAUGACCCUGAAGAACCAGAACUACAGGAAGAGAUCGAAAAGCAAAUAGGUGGCGCUGGGACUGCCGCUCUUGAUAUCGCAAACUGGCUGGAGGCCGUUCUGGUCCUCUUACAUGGCAGUGACUGGGAGGUUUACAGUUUUGCUCUUGUGCACCUUCCUUCACAGCUGAGCAACCAUGCCAUUUUUAGAGACGCGAUUCCGCAGAUACAAGAGCUUCGAAGACUUAUCUGUGAGCAAAUAAGAACGAACACUUUCCAAGAACCUCCCAACUCGUCAGGCUUGCGGCGGGCUGAUGUGGCAAUUUGCCUUUUCCAUAGUCUGACCAUGAUCCUAAGUUAUCAUGAUCACUUUCAAAAGGGAGAAGAGGACGAGAUAGUCAAGGCCUUUGUGCACGGUAUUGCCACUUGGGAACGAAGUGCAAAGUGCUGCAUUCACGCGCUGUCUAUAUGCUGCCAUGAACUGCCGCUCUCAACGAGCAAAUCGCUGGUUCAGCUGCUGACCAAGAUGUCUACUAUCAUCACACAACCCCAUGUUUCGAUCCACAUUCUUGAGUUUCUGGCCUGCCUCAGUCGUUUACACCACGUGUAUGUCAAUUUCAGAGAAGAGGAGUACAAGAUUGUGUUUGGUAUUUGCAUUCGAUAUCUACAGUCAGUGCGGGACAGGAAAGGUUCCAACAGGAACAGCCAUGCCAGCGAACCAUCAACGCCGGCUGCUUCAACUACGAGCAUCCCGGACGCCGUGCAUCCAAGUGCAACUGAUGAUCUACCUCAAUAUGUGUAUGCGUUGGCGUACCAUGUUAUUCUCUUCUGGUUCCUAGCACUAAAACUGCCUGAUCGUGCCAACCUCGUUGGUUGGCUUGUCAGGAACAUAUAUAAUGAGGUGGAGGAUGGCAACACCGAUAACGAACAAGCAUUAACUUCAAUCGACUUCAUGCAAAGAUAUACGUAUGCUGAUGUGGAAGAGUCUUCUCAAGACCCCCUCUUUACUUCUGAACGGUUUGGCGAGAUCGUUAAGAAAAGAUGGUUAGUCGGAUAUAGUAUCGUUACGGUCAGACAGGCAACAACCACAGGGUGGGCUCAGAUUGUCAAGAGGCAACCUUCAGGUACCUCGGCAUUCACAAUCCGAGAGACUUUUGAUCCACCACCACCUCAUCAAACUCCAAACUAUGUCGACAUCAGCAGAGAGGGACAGGUCUCGACUAACACUAUUUUGCCCAGCCACAUCAUGGUACAGCUCAUGUCAUCUAUCCCGCAGGGCCAUGAUCUAGCACGACCAAUCCCGCUACCUGAAGAUGACGCAGUCGAGAGAGCUAUUCGGGUUUUUGAUCGAAGCUCAACUGUUGACGGCCACAAAGUUGGCGUCAUCUAUAUUGGCGAAGGGCAGACUGACGAAGUUGAGAUCCUUGGCAACGUCUCGGGCAGCAGUGAUUACAUGGAGUUUUUGAACAAUCUUGGCACGCUGACCAAGCUUAAAGGAGCCACCUUCAAUACUCACGGAUUGGACCGUGAAUUUGACACAGAUGGCCAGUAUACUUUCUGCUGGCGUGAUCGUGUCACAGAGAUCGUUUUUCAUGUGACGACACAGAUGCCCACAAACUUGGAUCACGACCCGAGGUGCACCAUGAAGAAGCGCCACAUUGGCAAUGACUUUGUCAACAUCGUCUUCAACGACUCAGGUCUACCAUUCAAAUUCGAUACAUUCCCGGGGGAUUUCAACUUUGUUCAUAUUGUCAUCACACCAGCAUCUAGGGCCUCUUUCAUUGCUGCUAGAGACACUUCGAAACACAGCCAACCCUUCUAUCGCGUACAGGUUCUAAGCAAACCCGGGUUUCCUGAGAUAUCACCGGCCUCGGAAAUGAAGAUUGUGUCACUCAAGGCUCUGCCAGGUCUGAUCCGUCUGUUGGCUCUCAACGCUUCUGUGUUUUCUCAUGUCUGGGCCAAUCGCGAAGGUGGUGAGCAUGUCAGCUCUUGGAGGAGCCGUCUACGCGCCAUCAAGAGGCUACGGGAGAAAUAUACGCCGUCCAAAUCUGGGCAACUGACACCCUCGGCCUCGCAAAGCUCGUCUCUUGGAGGUGCGACUCCGGUUCACCAACAGCAGCAACUUUUACCGUCAGUCGAUGCGUCUUUGUCGCGACCGGCAAGCACCGUUCGUGAUAGCUUCACCAGCCUCCGUCGCACAAGUGUGGCCACCUUCUUCACAAGUACAAGUGAGCAGACCUCACAUCGGUCCUCAAUGUUAUCGUCGUCCACCACGACCAACGAUAGCGAGGCUGGGACAGUACAUGGGCAGGAUUCAAACACAGACACUGUUGACUUCUCCAAAUGGGCUUAA